GGAGGAGAGUUCGAACUUUGAAUCGUGUCUGCACACUUGAGCAACAGCAACAACAGCGGGGACCAGUUGCAACAGCUGAGCGAGCAGCGUGCGCUCGGACAGAGAGGGUCUCCAGCUCGGCCGUGUCACCGGGGGCCAACGUGCAGCGGAACGGCCAUGUCCUUCAUCCUCAUGAAGAAGAAGAGGUUCAAAUUCCGAGUGGUCUUCGACCUGGAGGAGUUGUCCUCGGUCCCCUUCGUGAACGUUGUGUUGUUCUGCAAAGUCCGGCUCCUGGAUGGAGGCUUUGGCGAGGAGUCGAGCCGGGAGCCAGUCCAAGCGAACUGUGUACACUGGAGGAAGAGAUUCUCUUUCAUGUGUAAGAUGAAUGCUAAUGCUGGGACAGGUGUACUGGACCCCUGUUUGUGCCGGGUGUCUGUGCGCAAGGAGUUGAAGGGUGGAAAAACAUUUGCAAAGCUGGGCUUUGCUGACUUGAACCUGUCAGAGUUUGCUGGGUCUGGCAGCACAACACGACGGUGUCUCCUAGAGGGAUAUGACACGAAGAACACCAGACAGGACAACUCAAUUCUCAAGGUUGUCAUUACCACACAACUCAUGUCUGGAGACCCCUGUUUUAAAACUCCUCCAUCUACAGCCAUGACUCUGGGAAUUCCAAAGGCCGAGGCAGAGUGUCUUCUUGAGGACCGGAAGGGAGGCGACUUGCACAUAUUCAACUCACUGACUGAGAUUCCAAAGAAAUCAGUGUCAGUCCCAGAUGAGCUGGUAGCAUGUGGCCACUCUAGAACAUCCAGCUAUACAAGUCAGCAGUCAAAAAUCUCAGGUUACAGCUCAAAUCACUCCAGUUUAACAGAUCUGAGCCAUCGGAGGAGUGCGUCAGGAGGUUCUGCCUCCACAGGCAUCGGCAGCAUCCUGGAAGCCAGUGAUCAGCAGGUAGAGAGGGGAGAGAGGGAGAGCAGGUCUACUCCACCCGUCUCCACAACCUGUCACCAUGCACCUGAAAACCCCUCUACCCCCAACAGGGUUCUUAGACACCCCGUGAAGCAGAACUCAAUGGAGAAUCAGUUGAAGAGAGUGGAUGCCACCAGGGUGGAUGCUGAUGAUGUAAUAGAGAAGAUCCUGCAGAGCCAGGAUUUCAGCCAUGGCUUCUUGGACUCCAGUGCAGAGGAAGAGGGGCUCAGCUUGUUUGUUGGUCCUGGUGGGAGUACAGCCUUGGGAAGCCAGCACUCGAGGGUUGCAGCUGGAGCCUUCGAGCAGGUGGUGAUGAAGCGCUAGGUGUCGGGAAGCAUGUGCCUCAUAAACGGUGCCGUAUUACACCGAUGCGGCAGACGCAAGACUGAGUUGUGGAGAUGCCACAAGAACUGGUUCAGGCCUCCCCCAAGAAGAUUGUAUUUCUCUUAUGCAAUCCCUCUGCGUCUCACCAACAGCUUCUGUUGACCGGAAGAGCCCUCUAGUGUUCAAGAAGGGGAGAAGGAGACCACAGUAUUGGAACAUUGUCAAGACUGAAACAACUGUUGUACUGACAUAUUGCUGUUGGUCUUGUUGGGUGACAUGGGAUUAUUUGCACUGCGAUCGCUCAGUUCACCCCCCUUUUUCAGGGAGCAGGAGGUUUUCCCUAUUAUUUUGAAUGUAUAUUAAAGUAUCCUUUACUAUGUUAUUUUAAGUAUUUUUAUUUGUAGGAAAAAACAUACAUUUUAUUGCAACUGACAACAAAACCUCAUGUUUACCUGGUUUCGAGGGGGGUGACUGCCUGUAAAAUUGUUCAUAUGUUUUGUGUGUGUGCGCAUUGUCUGUUGUGUCAAGAGUAAUGAAAUAGUUUUUACAACAGUUUUUGUCAAACUGCCAAACUUGUAAACUGUACAUUUGCUGCCACUUAAUACGUCAUAUCUGUAGUAUACAAGCUAUGGUCCAUGUAAUGACAAUCAGCAGAUGUAAAGCCUGUGAUGUAUUUAAGAUAUCCGUAUGAUGUAUUUAAGGCCAAAACUGUAAAUAAAAAAAGAUGUGCACUCUUGA